AUGUCUCAUAAGAGAAGCAGGACAUCCCAGGUGAUACAAGUGUUCUCACUGAAUCCCAUGCCAUAUCCAGUGCUUCUGAUAUUAGCUGUGAUCUUUAUCUUUCUUGGUAUUCAAUGGUUUCUGUCGUAUGAGUCUAUGGUGGAGAGCGCGGAAGAAAACUUUGGCUGGAUACUGAUGGCCACACCAGUAGUUCUAGUGUUUGCUGUGAAAUGGCUGUCUUCUGUAGAGAAUCCAGAGAGCUUUUUUGGGCAGGACAGGCGUCGCAGGAUGAAUUAUGCUGGUUCGUCUGAAGGAGGUUUUCCAUGGGGUGUGGCCGCGAUGAUUGUGCUGGUGCUUGUGCUGCUGCAAUAUCAAUCUAGCUUUCUUGAAAGUUGGUUUGUUUGA